CGCCCUCCAGCACCCCGGCGGGGGGGGGAGGGAAAUUGAUUAUUCCAUUGUGUGGCGCGGCUGCCGGCAGCUCCGGAGCGAGGGAGCGGAGCAGGGCGGGCGCGGACGAGUGUAAAUCAAUGGGGAAGCCCCGGCGGCGCCCCGAUCGAUCCGCGGGCCGGGCCUGAGCCAGGGGGAGGCGCUGGAGGAGGGGAGCGGCCGGAGCCGAGCUCCCCCCCCAUCCCCACCCCCGGCGGAGCCCCCUCUUCCAGCGAGCAGAGGUCUCGGCUCCUGCGCUGAGAUGACCCCUCCACGCUCCUCCUGCCUCCACCGCCAUGGACGCUGCCUCUAACUCUGCCUCCUCCUCCGAGCCCCCGGCCGACGGGCAGGAUGCCAGGGCUGCGGGCUGGCCGCCUCAGGGCCCCUCUGCCCCUCCAGCCGCCAAAGAGCCCCCCUCUGCCUCCUCUUCCCCUGCUGAGACCAUGAGGCCCAGCCCCGGCCCGCAGCUGGAACCAGGCCCCACCAGUCUCCCAGCAGCCAUCUUGUCCGCCCCACAGCUGCAGGCAGGCUUCAGCCUAGUGGCGCCAAGCCCAUCCCUCCUCCAUCCCUCAGCCCCCAGGGAAGAUGGCCAGGAGGAGGAGGAGGAAGGAGGCAAUGACGACAAUGAAGAGGAUGUGGAAGAUGGUGGCAGCACAGCCCAUCUGCUCUUCUUCCCUGACGGUUCAGCCUAUCUCCUCAGCGGCGGCCAUGUUCUCUUACCAAAGGGCUACCCUGGCACCACGGCAACCCUGCCGGUGUCCACCCUCCACGUCCAAGAUGGCGGCCCCAACCAAGGCUUUACGUCUACUGACCAAAUGUCCCAGAAUACCUCAGCGCCGGGCGAGCAGCCCCCAUCCGGCGCCUUCCGCAGCUACCGACUAGCCAGGGCCUCUGCUCCCACCACCUCUGCCAAAAACUCUCCCACCGAACCCAAAGAUGCCGUCACCGACGGGGAGGGGGAAGCCAAAGUUGGCCAAGAGGAAGAACCAUCAUGGCCACCCUGGCUGUGCUUGGCCUGCCGUCUCUCCUUCCGACAGGGCCGCUCCUUGGCAUCCCACACCCUCUCGGCCCAUGGGGUGCGGCUCAGCCCCGGGGAGCGCCGGGCCCUGUCCCGAGGGAUUCCCGCCAUUCUCCAGGGCACUGCCCUCAGCUUCCUAGAACCAAAUAACCCCACCAGCGGGGUGGACCUCAGCGCCGGAAUGUGUAGUGGAUGGGUGAAUGUAAUGAAGGAGGAGGAGGAGGAGGAGGAGAGAAGCCCCCAAGAAGGACGCAAGCCACCCAAUGCCAAAGAUUCAAGGGCCGGCAGCGUGGACUGGGCCAACGGGGGAAAGGAGGAGAAGCACGAGGAGGAGAAAGCUGAAGUCAGGAAGGAAGAAGAGGACAGGCUGAGGCUUCCGUCAGACCAAAGCUCCCACGGCCAAAGCCCACCCAGAGGCGCCAACGUCCUGGAUGACCCACCACCAGGGAAGGCCAACACCGAGGUCAACGUUGGGUUGGCCAACACCGAGCUCAACAAUGAGUCCAACAGCGAGUCCAAUGUUGGGUUGGCCAACAGCGGGGUCAACCCCAACACGGGAGGGGUCCCUAUUGGCUUUGGGGACGAUUACACGGCCAUGGCCUAUCCUGGGCUCAGUCUCUCUGGCCACAUGUCCCUGCUGCAUUCCCGCAACUCCUGCAAAACCCUCAAGUGCCCCAAAUGCAACUGGCACUACAAAUACCAGCAGACCUUGGAUGUCCACAUGAAGGAGAAGCAUCCUGAGAGCAACAGCCACUGCGCCUACUGCAGUGCCGGAGGCCCGCACCCGCGCCUUGCCCGGGGCGAGAGUUACAACUGUGGCUAUAAGCCGUACCGCUGUGAGGCCUGCAACUACUCCACCACCACCAAGGGGAACCUCAGCAUCCACAUGCAGUCAGACAAGCAUCUAGCCAACCUUCAGGGUUUCCAAGCCAACACGAGCGGCGGGGCCCACCCGGUGCCGCCAGCCACCCCCACAGCCCCAACCCCUGUGGCCCCUGAGGAGAAAGAGACCAAGAGCAAGACGUCCUGGCAGUGCAAAGUCUGCAGCUAUGAGACCAGCAUCUCCCGCAACCUACGCAUCCACAUGACAUCGGAAAAGCACAUGCAGAAUGUGCUUCUCCUCCACCAAGGGCUGCCAUUGACCUUGCCCGGACUCCUGGGACAGCCAGGGGGCAGCAGUGGGGGGAAACAGCAGCCGCAGACCGAGCUCUUCCAGUUCUAUGGGGUGCAGGCUCUGGGUCACCACCAUGGCCACCACCAUGCAGGAGCCACCGGCGCCAUCCCGGGACUGCGGGUGGAGAAGCCCAUGGAACCAGCCCAGCUGCUGCUCAAUGGCUUCCACCCACUGGGUCCUGCUGGGAGGAAGGGGGCGGUUGCAGCACCAGCCCCAGCGGCUCCGGUGUCACUUUCCCCAUCCCCAUGUCCUCUGCCCCCACCAGCCCCUGCCUCUCCCCCACUGGCUGUGCCGGUGGCAUCGGAGAGGCUCUUCGGCUGCCUGGUGUGCCAGCGCUUCGGCACGGACAGUGUGGAGGAGCUGCUGCGGCACUCCACCGCUCCCCGCCGGCUGCCCGAGGCUGAGUGGAAGGAGGUGGCGGGGGAUCUCCACCGCUGCCGGCUCUGCGCCUACGGCACCCAGCUCAAGGCCAACUUCCAGCUGCACCUCAAAACUGACAAGCACGCCCACAAGUACCAGCUGGCUGCCCACCUGCGCGAGGGGGGCGGGGCCUUGCCCACCGCCACCCCCGGAGGGGCCGAGCUGCAGCCUGGCUCUGCCCCGGCCCUGACCCCUCUCCACCUGCGCUGCAACCUCUGCGACUACGAGACCAACAGCAAGGAGAAGAUGCGGCUGCACGUGCGGGGGGCGGGGCACGAGGAGGGCGAGCGAAGCUACAAGUUCCUGCUGGAGUUGGAGGCGUCGGCGCCGGGUCCCGACCCCCCCCACUUCCACUGCCUGCUCUGCAACUCCACCGCUCCUUCCUGCCUCGCCAUGCUGUGCCACCUGCGGGCCCCACGGCACCGCGACGCCCAGGGCCAGCGCCGCCUCCACUUGCUGCAGGGCGGGCGACCCACAGACGAGGGCACCACGGCCCUGGAGAGAUGCAUCCGCCUGGCCGAGCCCGUGCCCCGGAGCACCGGGAAGGAAUCGGCACCUGAGCCCACGACCCCUGAGAAAGAGACUCUGAACAAAGCCCCGCCCCCAGGACUGGACGAGACAGAGACAAAGAGUCGAGCAUCGGGGGAAACCCAGACCGUGGUGUUGUGCUGCCCCUACUGCAGCUACGUGAGCCGAACGCCGGCGGGGGUGCGCAGCCAUGCCGUCUCCCAGCAUGCCCUGCAGCCGACCUACCGGUGCCCGCUGUGCCAGGAGGAGCAGCUGGUGGGCAGGGGCAGCCUGCGGGUCCAUCUCAGUCACGUCCACAACGUGGUGCCCGAAUGUGUGGAGAAACUGCUCCUUGUGGCCACUACAGUGGAGAUGAACUUUGCCACCAAAGUCCUACCCAGCCCUGCCCCCGAACCUCCCGAGACAGGAGCAGCCCCGAACCCUCAGUGCAGGGGGGAGUGUGAAUUUGCACCCACAGCACCCCCUGCUGGAGAUGCCACCACCUCAGCCCCACUCCCCUCUGCCCCCUCGCCCCCUCCUCCAGCAGCCGACUUGCCCCCUCAGCCCUGCCCGGUCUCCCCUCCGGCUCCGAAGGCCAACGACAUGGAGGAGGAAACCCCUGUCCAGCUUCCCGUCCCCGCUGAGGAGCAGCAGCGCCCCCCCGAGAACUUGCCGGCCCUCCAGGACCCACGGCACCCCCUGUCCUACCGGAAAGCCACCAACUUUGCCCUGGACAAGUUCUUGGAUCCGUCGCGGCCCUACAAGUGCACAGUGUGCAAAGAGUCCUUCACCCAGAAGAACAUCCUCCUGGUCCACUACAACUCUGUCUCCCACCUCCACAAGAUGAAAAAGGCUUCGGCCGACCCCAGCACCCCAUCCCGGGGCGACUCGGGGGCCCCCGGUGUCCCCCCGCCCUCCUCCGACAAGCCCUACAAAUGCACCACGUGCCGGGUGUCGUACAACCAGAGCUCCACCCUGGAGAUCCACAUGCGCUCGGUGCUCCACCAGACCCGCUCCCGGGUGGCCAAGGCGGAGGCCGCCAGCAAAGGAGAGGCGGGGGAGGCGGGAGAGGCGGGGGAGGCAGCCCCGGUGCCCCCCACUGAAGCAGAGCCCCCCAAAAUCCUGGAGGUGCCAGGGGCGCUGCCCUUCCCGGCACCACUCUUCUCCCCCCCGCUGCUACCGCCUUUCCCAGUCGUGCCAGAAUCUCUCCUCAAGCUGCAACAGCAGCAGCUCCUCCUGCCCUUCUACCUGCACGACCUCAAGGGGGCACCCAAGCUCGCGCUGGCAGCACCAGCCCUGGCCCUGCCGGCCCCGUCCACCCCGCUGAUCCUGGCUCCACCCAAAGAGCCGCCCCCACCGCCGCCGCCCCCACCGCCUGCCCCAGCCAAGACAGAGACGGAGGAGGAUGCUGGCGGAGAGGAAGCCAACGUGGCCUCCCACCCGGCAGCCAAGGCUCUGCUGGAGAACUUCGGCUUCGAGCUGGUGAUUCAGUACAAUGAGGGAAAGCAGGGCCCGGGGGGCGCAGCCCCCCCUCCAGUGGCCCCACUGCCCCGCCUGCCGGCCGAGAAGCUGCGGUGUGGCACCUGUGGGAAGGUCUUCUCCAACAUGCUCAUCCUGAAGACGCAUGAGGAGCACGUUCACCGGCGCUUCCUGCCCUUCGAGGCCCUCAGCCGCUACGCCGCCCAGUUCCGGAAGACCUACGACAGCAUGUACCCACCGUCCGAGGGCGCUGCCCCCACGGAGAUCCCCCCAGCGCCCCCCAGCAUCCCCCCUCUCUGCCCACCCUUCCUGAUGCAGCCGGUGCCGGUGGUGGUGCCCCCAGCGCUGGCCGAAGCCGAAGGGCGGUGGGUCCAGGGUGAGGAAGAGGAAGCAGGGAUGGACCCAUCCCGGGAUGGUCAGUCGAGCCGGCGGUUCUCCCGCACCAAAUUCACCGAGUUCCAGUCGCAGGCUCUCCAGUCCUUCUUUGAAGCCAGUGCCUACCCCAAGGACGGCGAGGUGGAGCGUCUCUCCGUCCUCCUGGGCUUGGCCAACCGGGUCAUCGUGGUGUGGUUCCAGAAUGCCCGGCAGAAGGCCCGGAAGAAUGGCGCUGAGGCAGGGGGCGCCGGAGGGGGCACCGUCACCAGCCAGCCCAGCUGUAAGAAAUGCCAAGCCGCCUUCCGGUGCAUCUUUGACCUGGUGCGGCAUCUCAAGAAAUGCUACGAUGACCGUCCCUCAGUGGAAGGCAAUGAGGAGGAGGAGGAGGAAGGAGAGGAAGAGCCAGAGGAAGAGGAGCCAGAGGAAGAGCCUGAGCCACCAGCUGAGGAAGAGGAGGCGGAAGAGGAGGAAGAGGCACCAAGGGGCGAUGGAGACCCCAAGGAAGAUCAGCCAGUGAACGAUGGAGCCAUGGAGCCCCUGGAGAGCAACGCCCCCUCAUUCUCUUCAGAUCCACCAGGAGCCCAUGGCUCAGCACUCUUGGCCCCUCAUGACCCACUGCCGGAGCUGCCCCGCAGCCAGGGGGUGCCCAUGAAGAGGAAGCACGAGGACGGGAGCCAGUCGCCGGGUGGCGGGAGCAGUGGCGAAGGGGAGCCUCCGCGAGACAAGCGUCUCCGCACCACCAUCCUCCCAGAGCAGCUGGACGUCCUCUACCGCUGGUACGUGCAGGACUCGAACCCCACCCGCAAGAUGCUGGACUGUAUCUCAGAGGAGGUGGGGCUCAAGAAACGGGUGGUGCAGGUGUGGUUCCAAAACACCCGUGCCAGGGAACGCAAGGGACAGUUCCGGUGCACUGCCAGUGCCGGGAUCCCCCCCAUCAAGACCUCCCCAUCCUCUUCCUUGGCCAAGUUGAGUCCUGGGGGCGGGAUGGCCAACGUCUCCGUUGUUGGGAUCUCCAACAUCUCCAGUGGCGGGAUGGCCAGCGUCAGCAUUGGCGGGACAGCCAACAUCUCCAGUGGCGGGACCUCCAAUGUCUCCGGUAGUGGGAUGGCCAACAUCUCUGUUGGCGGUAUCUCCAACGUCUCCAGUGGCGGGAUGGCCAAUGUCUCUGGUGGUGGGACAUCCAAUGUCUCCAGCGGCGGGAUGGCCAAUGUCUCCGGUGGUGGGACCUCCAAUGUCUCCAGUGGUGGGAUGACCAACAUCUCUGAUGGCGUCUCUGAUAGUGGGACAGCCAAAGUCCCCUACAGCAUCAACCAGGCCGAGCCGGAACCAUCAGAGUUUAAUGAAGCCCGGAGCCCAUCUGGUGGCGAUCUGAGUGACUCUUCUUCCUCCUCUUCCUCUUCCUCCUCCUUGGCUGACCCAGAGUCGCCGGGAGGGCACGGGCGGGCGUCGGAGGGGGUGGCUGGGCUGGAUCUGCUGGGCCAGCGCCGCUACCGGACCCAGAUGUCCAGCCUGCAGCUGAAGAUCAUGAAGGCGUGUUACGAGGCAUACCGAACGCCCACCAUGCAGGAGUGCGAGGUGCUGGGCGAGGAGAUCGGCCUUCCCAAGAGGGUCAUCCAGGUCUGGUUCCAGAACGCACGGGCCAAAGAGAAGAAGGCUAAGGUGGCCUUGGGUGACGGGGGCCCUGGGGCUCCCUCUGAGGGCCCCCCUGAGCCUCGGGCUGAGUGCCCCGUCUGCCAGGUCAAGUACGACUUCUACGUCUCCUGCCGUGGCCACCUGUUCUCCCGUGGCCACCUGGCCCGGCUCAAGGAGGCCGUGCAGGCUCAGCUGCGCAGCGAGGGCCACGAAGGGGCGCCAGGGCACCCACUCCUGCCUGUCCCCCCUGGAGCCUCCCCAGCAGCCGGUGCCACAGGCCCCUCCGCCACCCCCAGCACCGGACUCCUGGGUUCCACGCCGCCAGGACGUCCCUUACCUCAGAGCCAGCUCGGCUCAGCGCUGGAGCCCGCCGGGGAGACCCAGCCAGAGUCGGGAGCUGCCGGAGUAUCCGUCGCCGGAGCCACCGGAAUGUCCGUCACCGGAGCCACCAGACUUCCCAGCACCGUGGCUAACCCCACCUCGCCCACCCUAAAGACCCUGAAGAGUUUGAAGCCGACGGUGCCCGCCCUCCUGGGCACCCAGUUCCUGCCCUUCUCCAUGCCGGCAGGUGCCCAGGCCUCACUGUUCAGUACCCCGCUGCCCGGCGGCUACUUCCAACAGCUGUACGGGAUGAAGAAGGGGCUGUUCCCCAUGAAUCCUGUCAUACCUCAGACCCUCAUCAGCCUGCUGCCCGGCAGUCUGCUGCCCACCCCCGAGGCCCCCGAGCCGGCUGGGGUCUCCACGGUGGACGUGGCCCACCACUACUUGUGCCGCCAGUGCAAGGCGGCGUUCGAGGGGGAGGAGGCGGCCGUGGCCCACCAGACCGGCUUCUGCUACUACGGCCAGCCGGCGCCGGCGCCGCUGCGGGUGCCCGUCUGCACCUACCACUGCCUGGCAUGCGAGGUGCUGGUAAGCGGGCGGGAGGCGCUGGGGGCCCACCUCCGCUCCAGCGCCCACCGCCGCAAGGCCGGCCCCGCCCCUGCCGCCAGCCCCGCCCCUGGCCCCGCCCCGGCCUUUGCCAAAGAGGAAGCAAAGUUACCUCACUCGGACCCCAGCCCAAAAAGCAACUCUACCUCGACCACGCUUCUAGCUUUAUGAACAGCGCGGGGUGCAGCUGGAGAUGGGGGGCACCUGGACCCUCCCCCCCGGCCCUGGGGAACCGCCUCCCGGAACCCUCCACCCUGGGAACCCAGGCCCGGAACCCUCCCGCCCUGGGUGACCCCCAUCCAGAACACCAGCUGGAACCCCCAAUGCCAGCCCCCAGCCCCCCUCACUAUGGGGAACCCCAACCCAGGACUGCCCUGUGUCCUGAGGGACCCCCAACCUGGAAUACCCACUGCCAGCUUCCAACAUAUCCAUAUACCCCCCAAUCUGCUCCUGGCUGCCUCCCCAACUCCGAAUGUGCCCCAUACUCAAGUACCCCCCCGGGCCGUCCCCCAUACUCCCAACCUAGAUGUAGGGAGUUGGCACUGCUGGGUGCGUGUGUGUGGGGGGUGCGUGUGUGUGUGGGGGGCGUGAAUUGAAAGCAAACAUCCUGCCUUCUUGGUUGGCGAGGUGGCCACAUGUGUGCUAGGCGUGUUCCCAACACAGCUGGCCCCAGACACCCCCACCUCUCCACACAUGUGUCAGGCAUGUUCCCACCAGGCAGGCUCCCCCAAAUGCCCCCAGCCUUCGGUCCCACAUAUGCUCCCUGUGCACCCCAGAGACGUCUCAGACUCUGCCCCCCCACACACAUAAGACAGGGCUUCCACAUGACCCACCCCACCACCUCCCUCUCCUCCCCAGCCUCCCUUCCCCCCAUGCCAACUCCCAGGUGCCCCCCAGGCUGCCCCCCCCAGCACAUGCCCCGUACUGUUACCGAUCAAGACAGGCCAAAACCAAAACUCAACUCAACGGACAGCAUGAGAGACAAACUCAAGGAAAUGAAAAAUGGGGGGGGCAAUCCCUGGACCCCCCAUCCAUCGUCCCCCCCGAAAUCCCGCCUCUUCUCCUCCCCUCGAGCAUGCUCCGCCCAUUGUGUAUAGAACUCGGACGGACGGACGGACAGACAGACACUGGCUUCAGCCCCAACCAAACAGGAGGCCGGGGCCCCAUCCCCCUGCCGGUCUCUCAGCUGAGGGCUUUGCAGGCCCAGCUCUUGCUCCCCAGUGUUUCUGGGGCGACCCGGGGCGGGGAGGAGGGCAUGGAUCAACGGACGCUCCCCCCACCCCCAAUCCUUUAAAGGCUUUAAAAGAUCCCCAUGUGCCCGGUCCCUCCCCCA